AACAUGGCAACCUCAAAGAUAGUUUUCAUUACCCUUUUCUUUAGCUUAGCCAGUAUUAUUGCCAAUUCCAAAGCCAAUUUCAAUGAUGAAUUUACAAUUACUUGGGGAGAUGGUAGAGGUAAGGUCCUCAACUCCGGGGAUGACCUCACCCUUUCCCUCGACAAAGCUUCCGGCUCCGGUUUCCAAUCCAAAAACGAAUACCUCUUUGGUAAGAUUGAUAUGCAGUUAAAACUUGUCCCUGGUAAUUCUGCUGCUACUGUCACUGCUUACUAUCUCUCGUCUAUGGGUAACACCCAUGAUGAGAUUGAUUUCGAGUUCUUAGGGAAUGUUAGUGGACAACCUUACAUACUCCACACUAAUGUUUUUGCUCAAGGCAAAGGUAACCGUGAAAAACAAUUUCACUUGUGGUUCGACCCUACUAAAGAUUUCCACACUUACUCAAUCCUUUGGAAUCCACAGAGAAUUGUUUUCUCUGUUGAUGGAAUUCCAAUUAGAGAACACAAGAACAUGGAAUCAAAGGGAAUCCCAUUCCCUAAGAAUCAACAUAUGAGGAUUUAUUCUAGUUUGUGGAAUGCUGAUGAUUGGGCUACCCAAGGAGGUCGGGUUAAGACCGAUUGGGCUCAAGCUCCUUUCACUUCUUCAUACAGGAACUUUAAAGCUGAUGCUUGUCUAUGGAACUCUGGUUCGUCUUCGUGUGGGUCGGGUACAUCAGACUCAAAUUGGUUGACCCAAGAGCUGGAUUCAUCAAGUUUGGGAAGGAUGAGAUGGGCGGAAAAGAAUUACAUGGUUUACAAUUAUUGUGCUGAUCUUCAAAGGUUCCCUCAAGGCCUUCCUACAGAAUGCACAAGUACAUCCUAA